AUGAGAACGCAAGAAAAUUAUAAUGUCGGCAAAAUUGAUGUUGAGCUUCACGUCGAGCCGGUUGGAAAUUUAAAACUCGAAGCAAUUUUACUUAAUGUUCCGUGGAAAAAGAUCAUCAGAAGCAUAAAAAUUAUAUCCGAAGAAAAACAUUCAAAACAUGAAAAAGAAAUUGUCGGUCAAAUGUUGGAUUUUUUAUUGGCUUUGCUCGAUAGUUUCAAUAACGGCAGCACAACAUGGUGA